AUGAUCUGCACCUUUGAAGGCUACAGCGAUACAGUUUUCCUUCGCAAGUUUUACUGCGGGGACGUCUACAGGGCUGUUUCCAUAGGCAAUGCACGCCCAUGUAUUCUGUACCGGAUUGACCUCGAAACCAUAGAUGACGAGGCUCUGGAGAACGUUUCCAGGGACUACCGCUUUUGCUCCCAACUCAGCUGUCCCUUCAUCAGAAGGUACACGCGAAUACUAGAAGAGAAAUCGACGGUGAUCUUAGAGUCUGAGGACUGUGCCAACGGGACCCUUGAGCAACUUCUUGCCGACCAGCGCAACGGUCUUGCACAGAUGCCCAUCACAGAAAACCUCAUCUGGGAGAUCGCUGCUCAACUGCUAAAGGCUCUGGAGUACUUGCACCAUCCGGAGCCGUCGGACCAAAGUGCUCCCGAAGCAGAGUCUAUGCACUCUCCUAUCGUACAUCAUAACAUUAAUCCUAGCUGCAUUUACUUUGACUCGUCAGGUAAUGUAAAGCUCGGAGGCUUUGAGCACGCGAAGACAGGCCCUUCGUUCACUCGUGGCUUUCUAGCUAUCGGGAGCUCAUACCACAUGGCUCCGGAAAUGGCUCAAGGGGAACAGGGGGCGACAUACACCACGAAGAUCGACAUCUGGUCUCUCGGGUGUGUACUGCUGGAAGUAGCGACUAUGAAGCUUCCGCCAUUUGACCCCCGAGAAAUUAUGGGAACACCUCAGGUCUUUAUAAAGGAUUUCUCUUUUCAGCUCAGUCGUUUCAUUCAUAGAUGCCUUAUCUUUGACCCUGUCAUACGACCAUCUGCGAAGGAUCUGCUUACAAACUGUGAAAUUAAGAUAGCACUUGAGCGACUGGUCAACAGUGCCAGUAGAUCUCAGCAGAAAGUAGACGCUUUGAAUAAUUAA